AUGACAGCGGUAACUACGAUAAGACCAAGGAGCGACGCCCGCUCGGCGGAGGCCUCCAUCAGGUUCGAGCCGGAGAUCGGGUACGGGGCCAACGCCGGGCUCUCCAAGGCCGUGAAGUUCCUGGAGCAGUUCAAGGCCAAGUACCCCGAGGUGGGGUGGGCGGAUUUGAUCCAGAUGGCCUCCGCCUGCGCCGUGGAGGCGACUGGCGGGCCUGUCAUCCCCAUGAGGUACGGCCGCGUGGACGCAAUGGACGGCAGCGCAUGCCCUGGAAGGACCUCGCGCGGCACGGGCGACAACGCGGGCCUCCCCGACGCCCUGCCCCCGUUCGGGUGCGGGGCCGCGGACGCCGCGACGCAUCUGAGGAACAUCUUCAACCGAAUGGGCUUCGACGAUGAGGGCAUCGUCGCCCUCAGCGGUGCGCACACCAUUGGCCGUGCCUUCAAGGAGCGCAGCGGGACCGUGGAGAACGGCUACGGCGACGCGACGGCCUCGAAGUACACGGGCAGCGGAUGCCCGGUGCGUCACGACGCGGCGCCGGGCGUCGGCAUGAGCGGCGGGAAGUCGUGGACGCCGAACUGGCUGACAUUCGACAAUUCCUAUUUUAUUCAUGUGAGAAGCGCCCAGGACCAGGAGCUCAUCUGCUUCCCUACUGACGCUGCCCUCCACCAGGACCCGGGCUUCAAGCCGUUUUUCGAUAAGUUCGCGGAGUCCAAGGAUCGAUGCCUUCUUCAAGUCGUACGCCAGGGCCCACCAGAAGUUGUCGGAGCUGGGCUCCAAGUUCGAGCCCGCCGGCGGUUUCGUUCUCCAGCCGUCGUCCAAGCUCUGACGCCGAUGCCGACAGCUCGGGCUGGCGCAGGCACUCCACCAGUAGGACCUCGCUCGCAGUUCCCCGCGCGCUCCCCCGCCCUCGCCCACUCGCCCCUGCGCACGCCCCGCUUCUCCGGUGCUGCGCGCACUCUCCCCCCGUCGGGCACUCCGCUCCGUGCGCGCGCCUCGUCCAUCUCCGCCGCCGGGACCCUCGCGCGUCCCACCCCGCUCCGUCCCUCCAUGGUAUGGGUGGCUCCCGUGAGCUGCCGCCGAGCAGUGCUCUCCUCCCUCGCCCGCCUCGGCCGCCGCGCGCCCGCCGCCCGACGGGACCAGACCCGGCUCGGACCGCAGCCGCGGUGGCUCUGCCGCCGGGCGGCUGUGGCGCAGCAAACAGCGCAG